UAGCGGAGGUUCUGCUCCGGCCCGGGAUGGAGCCGAGGCGCGCGCGCUGCCGCUGCGAACCGCCGCUGUUUGUGCGGAGCCGCCCGUCCGCUCGCUGAGCAGGCGCCGCGAGGGCGCGGAGACUGCCCCCGAGUGCCUCGACCCCGCGGUGCCCCUCGCCGUGUCCCCUCCGCCGAGUGAGUGGACUAACACGCGUGGGCGGGUCCCGGAGCCGGGCUCCUCCUCUCCGCGCUGCCGCCGAGCUCCUGUCGGGACCCGAGAGAUGAGCUGCACAAUCGAGAAGGCGCUGGCCGACGCCAAGGCCCUUGUUGAGAGGCUGAGGGACCAUGACGACGCUGCAGAGUCCCUCAUCGAGCAGACCACAGCCCUCAGCAAGAGAGUGGAAGCCAUGAAGCAGUAUCAAGAAGAAAUCCAAGAACUUAAUGAAGUUGCAAGACAUCGGCCACGAUCCACACUCGUUAUGGGAAUCCAACAAGAAAACAAACAAAUCAGAGAAUUACAACAAGAGAACAAAGAACUGCGAACAUCCUUGGAAGAGCACCAGUCUGCCUUAGAACUGAUAAUGAGCAAGUACCGAGAGCAGAUGUUCAGAUUGCUAAUGGCUAGCAAAAAAGAUGACCCAGGCAUCAUAAUGAAGUUGAAAGAGCAACACUCAAAGAUUGACACGGUGCAUCCUAACCCCUGCGAAGGAGUCUUCCUCGAUGCGUCUCGGCACGUCCUUGAAGCACCUCAGCACGGACUGGAGAGGAGGCACCUGGAAGCAAAUCAGAAUGAGUUGCAAGCACACGUUGACCAGAUCACCGAGAUGGCAGCAGUAAUGAGAAAAGCUAUUGAAAUUGAUGAACAGCAGGGUUGCAAGGAACAGGAACGAAUAUUUCAACUCGAACAAGAAAACAAAGGCUUGAGGGAGAUCCUUCAGAUAACUCGAGAAUCCUUUUUGAACCUCCGGAAGGAUGAUGCAUCAGAGAGUACAUCUCUUUCCGCAUUAGUGACCAACAGUGACCUGAGUCUGAGGAAGAGCUGAGUGGCUUUCUGCGUGUCACUAGGAUGGGCCCCGCUGUGGAUGGAUGAGCAUAAACUUCAGUCGGUCCUUUUCCCUCAAUAGUAUGUAAGGUACACUGGCAAGAGACAGCAGAAGAAUGGAUCACCAGUGGUCAUACUCGAUCCCAAACAAGAAAGGAGAAGCUGAGCCACAGAGAGAGCAGGGGGUCCUGACAGUACUGCAGAGCACUGCAGUCUCAGAACUGCUGUCGGCUUCCUGGAUGACACGGGGGCCACCCUGAAUACUCCCAAUAAACAUUGGAAAUCCUAAAUUUUCCCAAUUUCAAACGCAAGUUUUGCUGUGGUUUUCUGAAUGGAAGACUAUUCUAAGUCUUACCCUUCCUGCUUAGUGUCAGAGUUAACAUUCUUACGUACCAUUGAGGCAUCUGCCUUAGUGCUUACCUGUCAGCUUUCCCGUGUGUUCAGUCUUCCUCAAAGACAGCUCCAAGGCUAUAGGAAUGUGUUACUGGCACCACAGAUAGAAGGAAUAUUCUUCUAUCUCGUUCCUAUAACUCUUAGCUAGCACUUCUAUGACUUGUUAAGUGUAUGCAGUACCAUCUCAGGAAGGACCGAGAGGUAUACUUUCUAAGAAAGACAGCCCUGUAGACACAUUUAGUAGGUUAAACUACUUUGGAAGAUUGUUUUGGUUCUGGGUUAACAACGGAACCAGCUUUUCCUCCUCUCUCCUUGAUGUUUAAGGACUGAGAGACAGUGCCGUGAUUAGUGCAACAAGAUAGGCACGGUCAUCUCCAAGUAAAUUGGGAAUUGCUGUGCUCUUGUUUUCAGAAAGUACUCUUCAAAUACUUAGAAAGUACAUGCAGGUUCCAAAAACAAAUUUCUGGAUUCAGAUCUAAGCUCCGUUUGGUUCUUAUGCCUGUGAGGUUUUCCCUACAGCUUACGACUCAGUAAGUGGCAGCAUUUUCCUUUGCAUUUAAAAAAUAUAUUUACAAUAUGUAAAGCUUUUUAAGGCCAUAGGAUACAGAAGUGUGCUCUAACACCAAUUGAAACCCAAAUUGUUCUUGUUUUAUAGUGAUCAGAAUAAAAGGAUAAGAGAUUAUGAAA